AUGCAGAGUUUCUUUGCAAGCUGUACCAUUGCAGCACUUUUGGCUGCUUGCCUUGCAGCCCCGCAUCCCGACCACCAUGAUCAUCACGACCAUGAUCACCACCACCAUGGAGAUGACAUGAAAUGUCACGAACUGUCCGCUCCCAAUGCAGAUUUUGGCUUUGGCCUCUACAAAGCCCUAAGAGCCCAAGCAGGUCCUGCAGACAACAUCUUCUUCUCCCCACUGGGCAUCGGCUCUGCCCUGUCCCUAUUGUCCACAGGGGCACGUCAAGAGACCCAUAGCCAGUUGUUUUCCACCUUGGGCUACAGUGGCCAGGAGCAGACUAAGAUCAAUGAAGCAUACAAACAUCUUUUUCAUAUGCUCGGCCACAACCAGGACCAGAGGCAACUUGAUGUCGCUAAUGCAGUUGCUGUAGCCAACAACUUCAGUCCUAAUGACAUCUUCAUGAAAAACGCCAAGGAAUUCUUCUCUGCUGAUGUUCUCAAGGUUGAUUUUGGCAAAUCUAAAGAGGCUGUAGAUGAAAUCAACUCUUACAUAGCCGGUAAAACCCAUAACAUGAUUAAAGACCAUGUGAAAGAUGUGGAUGCAGACCUGGCUAUGAUGCUGAUCAACACUGUUUAUUUCAAAGGACAGUGGGUUCGACACUUCAACAAAUCCUUUACAAAGAAGGCUGACUUCCACGUGGAUGAAACCACCAAAGUGGAAGUAGACAUGAUGAAAAGGACGGGCCGUUACCACUUGUAUCUCGACAUGGACAAUGGCACCUCGGUCUUGAUGCUGCCUUACAAGGGCAAUACCUCCAUGAUGAUCAUCCUGCCUGAUGAGGGAAAGAUGAAGGAUUUGGAAGAAAAAAUCAACAAAGACGACAUUAAGCGCUGGCACGACUCUCUUUACUUGCAAUCUGUCGACGUGUCCCUGCCCAAAUUUUCAGUUUCAACCAAAUCUAGCCUGGACACCACAUUGAAAGAUAUGGGAAUAACUGCUGCUUUCGGAGAGACUGCUGAUUUCUCUGGCAUUACAGAAGAUGUCAAGCUUAAGCUGUCUAAGGCAUCCCACCAAGCAGUUCUGAGUGUUGAUGAAGCAGGAACCGAAGCAGCAGCUGUCACUACCCUAGAAAUAAUGCCCAUGAGUUUGCCCAUGAGGAUGAAGAUGGAUAGACCCUUUUUGGUCCUUAUUAUGGAGGACUCUACUCGCAGCAUCCUCUUCAUGGGCAAGAUCAGUAAUCCCGCAGCUAUGUAA